AUGGCUCAGCCAUUAGCCACUGGAUGCCUGGAUGGAGGAGACAGUCGAGAUUCCACAGUCCGAGCAUACAUCGACAACACACUCACAGCCCUGGUCCAUGAGCUCUCACUAUCCCCAGCGGAAGCACGCCCAUCAAUCACCCUCAAGCGCAGAGCCAAUCCAGCAGCCUGCAUUAUCAACCCCAACAACGGGGCGCUAGAAGCAAGCCCCAGAGUCGAAACAUACAAGACGUACUCUUGGCCAGGGAAGACAGCGUUUGAGGCCUGGAAGUUCACUGUAACUCUUCGAAUCCUGGCUAUUAUUGACAAAGCUAUUCGGACUGGUCAGUUGAUCUCCAAAAGAGAUAUAUACUAUAUCGACCCUCAAUACUUUCGCUCUCAGCGAACGGUUGACGGUGUCAUUGAUGACCUUGUUUACACUAUCGGCGUGGACAGAGCUGCGUUGAACGUGGAAGCAGCAGCAAAGGGCCUGAUAGCUGGGUGCUUUCGUUUAAUUCGCGAUUCGCGGGUCGUGGUCGAUGCCCAGUCUGCCACUGAGGACACUCUGAUCCCUCGCAUUGAGGCGGGCGAUGAGAUCGACAUCGCCCGAGUCCGAUGGGUACUCGUCAUUGAGAAAGAGGCAGUCUUCCACCGGCUCACACGCAGCAACUACCACAGCAGAGCAAUAGCCGGGGAAGGAAUCCUGGUCACGGGCAAAGGAUACCCGGAUCUAUCGACCCGAGAAUUCCUACACAAACUCUCAAAUGCCGCAUCCAGCCAAAACAGACCCCCUCCCCGUUUCUACGGCCUCACUGACGGCGACCCGCACGGCAUGGCUAUCUUUUCAACAUACAAGUACGGGUCCGCAGCACACGUACACGAGAAUGCUCGACUGAGUCUCCCUCGACUACAGUGGCUGGGCGUCCGAGUGACAGAUAUCAUAGCCGUCCCUGAUGCGCCGGGCGACAAGGCUCUUCUCUCGUUGACGACACGAGACCGGGGGAAGAUUGUUGCGAUGCUUCGGAAUAGCCCUGUUUGGGCGAGUGAUGGGCCUGAGCCGGAAGGGCGGGUUGAAUUGCAGCGGAUGCUGGUGUUGAAUUUGAAGGCUGAGAUUGAGGUUUUGUAUGAAACAUUUUAG